ACAGGAGAAUCCGUCUGUGGACGGAAGAAGGGACAUUAGACCGACAGUCAGAACGUCAGCUGUUCACUCUGUAAUCACCUCCAGAAGGAGGAAACAUUCAUUCAGUUCAAUGUUGUACCACAAUAACAACAAAGAAGUAAUACUCAGGCCUAUGUGGUAUGAAUGUUGUUUGGGAAGAAUACACUCUACACACACACCUGGAGAACCCUUGGACUGGGAACAUCCUCCCACGUCGAUCACCGUCUCAUAUGGGGUCUCAGCGUAGUACGUCCUCAGUGCGGGGACACGGGUGCACUGGCUCAGUUUGACCUCACAGUGGCACUCUUCGAUGACCUCCACCUCCCUGUGUCCCUCCUGGAGGAGAACCCGGUCCACCCUCAUCCCAGUGGGCUCACACACCUGGUCCACCCCACAGGAGGGCAGCUGCUUCAGUGGGUCUGUGCUCUCUGGAACUGCGGGGCCCCGGGGCCUCAGCUUUAUAAGCUUCCAGACCCUGAAUGCACCACAGCUGAGCGACGUCUCAGAUAUUUAUAAGGCCUCACGCUUCAGCCCCAUCUGUCAGCCAAGAACAAGGUCUGAGUGGAGUGGAGUGGCGUGGGAUGUGUGUGAUUUGGAGGCUAAUCAAAUUUCCAUGCUGAAUACCUGGGGACCUUACAAGCAAGCGGUCACUUCAAAGAGACCGUCUUCAACCCCUGUGUUUCUGCUGCGAGAGGAUCCAGAGGCUGGACUGCGUCAACCGGGCCUGAAGCCACCCUAAUGAAGUGCUUAAGUAGCCUCCUGCCAUUAAAGUGUCACUCACUCAAAGGCAUUAAUCAUCUUUUAUCUCAGGGGAAGGUGUUUAGCACCUCUGACUUAAAACAAAACCAGGCCCAAACACAUAAACAGGAUCAGCGUGGGGCCUAGAGUUUCCCCUUCAACAAACUCCAGCACCUCAGUGUUUAUUCAACAUGACACCAAAUGGUCAGACCUCUGAGAGCUGCCCUUCAAAUCUCACCCUCUCUGAGAAGAGAAAGUAGAAAGUUUCUAAAAGAAUAACAUGUGAAAAAAUAUAUAUUAAUGACCCAUAGUUUACUGUAAAUGUAUCUGCUUUUUCUGACAGAUUGUUGAAAUAAUCAGGAGGAUAAAAGCUUCCCAAUCUUGGACUUCCGUGGAUCUAGCUUUCAGGCUUUAAUAAGGUGUUAGCUCAGCUUUGAAAUGCUGAUGUGAUCCCCUCAUUUUCCCCGGGAUCAACGGAUCAUCGUUGGUGAGGGCCGUCAGCACUCAGACACCUUGAUUAAGACAAGCCUGCCAUAGCGCCUCCUGUGUUUGUUUUCCAAAAAGAUAAAACACAAAAGCGAUCUGCAGAUGGCUCGAGUGCAGAGGAUGGAGAAGAUUCAGAUAAAGAUGAAACAAGCUACUGUCCCCCAGUGAAAAGGGAAAGGACUUCAUCGUUCCCUCCCCCACACUCUGUUACCAAGAACAAUGUUUUCAUGCCCUCGAGUUUUUGCCAGUCUCCAACUGGGAACUCUGACUCUGAGCCAGAAGAGAAACCGUCGGGUUUUCGUCUAAAGCCACCAACACUCAUACACGGUCAGGCUCCAAGUUCAGGUGUACCAAGUCAAAAACCUAAGGAGCAACAACGCAGUGUCCUCCGCCCUGCGGUUCUCCAGGCACCACCUGCCAAAUCACAUCUAGAGUCCAAUUCCACUUGUGGAACUAAUGGCGUGAAGAAGUCCUCAGAUGGGGCGUCUGUGCCCCAGUCCCUCUUCCUGAACAACACAGAGCACCCAGCGCAGCACGUUGAGACACAUAAACAUGAAAAUGCAGAAGAUGAAAUAAGUGAUAACAAAGGUGACAGUGGGAAAGACAAGGAUUCAGAUGUUGCAAUAUCUUUUGUGUUUGGUCAGAAUAUCAAAGACAGAGCAAAGUUGGAAGAGAACAGUACAGAAAACAAGUCAAAGGACGGUGGUCGCCCGGGCUCCCAGUUAGAGAGCACUAACUAUUUCCUACAGUACAUCUCUACACCCAGUUCAAAAAAUGCUACAAAUAAUGCAGACAGUGGGGCAAAAUUUGUUUUUGGACAGAACAUGUCAGAAAGAGUUCUGAGUCCACCCAAGGGUGAGUCCUUAAACGAGGAAAAUAAAGAAAGUUCAGCGCCUCCUGUUUCAGAGUCUUCGUCACAUGAAAACACCCCAGAAAAAGUAAACAGUGUCUCAGAGUCUUUGGAAGAAUCUGCAGCAGCAUACACCAAAGCCACAGCCAAGAAGUGCAUCUUAGAGAAAGUUGAUGUCAAAACUGGAGAGGAAUCAGAAAGUAAUGUUUUACAGAUGCAGUGCAAGUUGUAUGUUUUUGAGAAAACUGCUCAGUCGUGGAUAGAGAGAGGUCGUGGUUUACUGAGGCUCAAUGACAUGGCAUCGACAGACGACGGCACACUACAGUCUCGUCUAGUGAUGAGGACCCAGGGCAGCCUUAGAUUGAUCCUCAACACUAAACUUUGGCCACAGAUGCAGGUGGACAAGGCCAGUGAAAAGAGUGUACGAAUCACUGCCAUGGACACAGAGGACCAGGGCGUCAAGGUCUUCCUAAUAUCGGGUAGUUCAAAGGAUGUAGGUCAGCUGGCUGCAGCACUACAUCACCGCAUCUUGGCUCUAAAGAGCAGAGCGGAGCAGGAGCCCGAGGCACCAGUGACGACCAUCCCUGACGCCAAGGUACCGCAGUCCAACGAAGACGACAGCGACGAGGAAGGCAGAGCUUCUGCUUCUGCUCCAAACUCUACUCCUGCUACAAAUAACUCAGAGGGAGGAGAGAGCCAGGCAGGAGGAAGCACAUAGCGUUGCUCCUGGACCGCCUGUUAAGAUGCUGCUGUUAAGGCUUUUUGCUGUAGGCAUCUCCAUGGACACCCCUUGACCAACAUGGGUCCACCAGACCAGUACUUUUGGAUAUUAGAAGUCUAGCUCCAGGAAAUAACCCCCUGUGCCGGAGUGUCUCACCCAACUUGUGCAGUUCAUCUUCUCUGCAUUCAAACCUAAUAUCUGGAGUUGUUUUUUUUUCCUUCCCCCUUCCUCUCCUGUUUUGUGUUUUUAUUUUUGAGUACUUUUCCUCCCCCUUCCCCCAUAGCAAAAAUAAAGACUUCAAAGCUUUGGUUUGGGACUUUUCUGCUCAUCAUAUUGAUGAGCAUAAGGGUGUUUUUCCUCUACAUUUUAAAGUAUGGCACAUGUUAAGACUGCAGUUUCUACUUUGGGACCUUUUUACUUACUCUUCAGCUGUACCUCUGGACUCCACACAUCCAGAGGAGCUUCAUUCGGUGUAUUUGACCAGUCAUCAAAUCAGUUGUUUCUUCACCGACUCCCCUUUCCUUCACUCCUUUCCUCAUCAAACAUCAAAUCUAGUCUGUGCAUUAGGUUUUUGGAAAGAAAAAAAAGUAAUUUAUUAUUGGCUGUUUUGAACUUUAGACAUCUCAGAGCCCAUGCUGUUUGUAAUGGCCAGCUGAGACCACUAAAACCAUUAUUAAUAACAUGUUUUAUAGUUGCCUAUAGUGAUUUAAGCUAAAAGAAAAAACAGUUUCAGAUAAUGUGAGUGAAAAAGGACAAACUGGCAGAAGGAUUCAGCUGAAACUCUACCCAGAACACAAGUGUUAGUCGAUGACUUGAAGGCUUGUUUAGUUUUUUCCAUUAACUACAUAAGGUAAUCCGUCUGCAUGAAACCUAUUUCUGUUUUUGUUUUUUUCCAGCGACCCAGGAGUUUAUUGUGUUGAUACAUUUUUUUUAUUUUGAAAAUAUACAAACAUUUAUUCCGCUCACACUUGGAAGUCAUGUCAGAAUGAAGACUUGCUACAUGUGCGGAUAAUGGAGUGAAAACUGUAAUACCAUGCACAUCUGACUAUAUCUUCAUUUAGUAGGGCACCAUGUUUUUCUCAUCUUCAACUGCCCCAUUUACAAAAUAAACAAUUUUUGACUGACA